UGAAGUUACAUUUAUCCCGACGCACCCAAAUAUUUCUUGCCAUCAGUUAAGUUGAGCAUUUUGGGGUUAUCCUAAUAAUUCGAGUUCAAUAAUUGUCAUGUUCCCUCAGGAUCAAUUUUCCCGAUAGACACACUCGCAUCUGCUGCGGCAAACGGGUUCAAAUUUCAACAACAAACACAUAUCGAUUAGUCGUUUUUGCUCUGUUUGCUGUUAUAUUUGUUAAUCUUUUAGUACUUGUUAUCAUUAUUAAUAGGAAGUGCAUAUUGAUAAUUUAUGAUUCUGUACCCAAGAUUGUGAGUGGGAUUUGCGUAAUACAAUUUAGCUGGCCUACCAGCGCGACGCGAUUAGCAACUGAAAAGAUUCAGAUGCAAGGAGACGGUAGAAGCAAAUCAUGGCGUGCUAGUUUGUACUUCAACUUCUAUUUUUAAUUAAAAAAAUCUAAAAAGAAGGGGGUCCCGGUUGUCGAUCGAGCAUGAUGAUGGAAGGUUCUCGUGAAGGACUGAACGACUCUGGCCAGUUUGACCAUGGGAGAAAUGUGAAUAUUUUUACCCAGACGAAAAUUCUUACUCGGAAGAAUUGGACAACUAAGAGGCGAACCGAAUUAAAAAAGCUUAUCGGAGAACUACUACUUCCUGUAUUCUACCUCAUGUUUUUGAGCUUUUUGGUGAAGUUAAAUAAACACACAGUGUACCCAGAAGUGGCGAAUGAAUUAGAAACCCCACAAAAUGUACUCGACAGUUUACGAAACCAAAUUGCCUCCCAGCAAGUACCACAGCCUCAUUUAAUUCAUAUCGUCCACUCUUCCCAAGCUCGUGCCAUAGAAUUGGAGAAAUUGAUGAGCAUUGUUUGGAAUAAUAGUCAUCCGGAUAUUCCUGCAACUGAUGUCAUGUCUUUCAAAUACUUGAAUAGUUCUGAUGAAUUAAUGAACGUGUUUUGGACCUCUUCUGAAAUAUAUAUCGCCGUGGUGCUCUCAGAGUCCGACCCUUUUUCGUAUACUAUUCGAAUUGAUCCAGACACAAAAUUACUUCCUUUGCUAUCCAUUAAAAAGGUAGGUUUGGAAACCUGCCGGGGCUUGUCUGCUCUGAGUAAAGAGCUUGAAUCAACAACUUCGUGCCCAGUGAACGGUUAUUACUACUCAAACUUUUUAGCUAUCCAGCAUUUGGUCGACAACUCAUUAAUUAUGAAAGCUGAAGGAAGCUAUGAAACGUACAAAGUCAUUAAUGUAACAGUCGAAAAUUACCCAAAAAAGGAAUAUUCAGCAGGAAUGCCAACAUUUUUAAGGGUGAUAAUCCCGUUAUACUGCAUCAUACCACUUGCUCAGCUUAUCAAUACUUUACUAAUCUUGGUCGUUACUGAGAAGGAGAACAAAAUCAAAGACGGUCUCAAAAUGAUUGGGAUUUCAGAUGUGGCAUACUGGUGUUCGUGGUUUGCAAUUUAUGGUGGUAUGACUAUUAUCUUUGCUGGGAUGUUCACUGUAGUCAUGCAUUUUAUGAGUGUGCUCAAAAACAUCAACCCAGUGAUAAUAUUUCUCCUAUUCAUGUUUUUCGGAUUCUCAAUCAUUACUUUUGCGUUUGCAUUGACUCCAUUUUUCCACAAACCGAAGACGGCGGGUGCAGUUGGAACUCUUGUGAUGCAGUUUACUGGGAUGCUAUUUAUGCUGCAAACAUUUUUAUUGGAUCCAUCCAACCCAAUUAUCAUGCCAUUGCGUUUAAUCAGCUCUGUGGCAUUUACUACAGCUUUAGAUACGGCAUGUGCCUAUGAGUAUAGUGGAGGAAUUGCACUAAAAGACCUCCUACCUGGAGAGAAAGGAUCGGGAAUUUUGUACUCCUUAAUCUUCUUAGUCUUUGAUACUUUCUUUUAUGGCUUCAUUGCUGUUUACCUGGAUAAUGUAAUCCCAAAUGAGUAUGGGGUCAAGAAGAAUCCGUUUUACUUUUUGCUGCCAUCUUAUUGGAUUGGGUCGACCAGGGCUGAGGCAAAUACACAAUAUAUUGACGAGCUGGAAGGAUUAGAAGAAAAUAUUUCCGAUGACGUGGAGAAAGUGCAUCCUUCCAUGAUUGGAAAAGAAUCAUUCAGAAUUAGGAAACUGUGUAAGACAUAUACAUCGUGGUUCAGCAACGAAACAACAGAAGCAGUGAAAGAGAUUUCGCUAGAUAUUUAUGAAAAUCAAAUCACGGCCUUGAUUGGCAGAAAUGGUGCUGGGAAAUCAACUUUGAUUAACAUUAUGACUGGGUUGGUUAUGCCCACGAGUGGCCGUUGCGUGGUGUUUGGACUUGAUAUAGCGAAACCACACGACAUGAUGAGACUACGCAAAAUGACCGGGGUCUGUAUGCAGCAAGAUUUGCAUUUUUCUUCAAUGACCGUGACUGAACAUUUAGUAUUUUACGGAGAACUUCGGGGUGUUCCGAAACUGGAACUUGAGGCCGAGAUUGACGAACUUUUACAAGAGCUGGAACUAACGCAGCAACGCACAGUUCGAGCUGCAAAACUGAGUGGUGGGCAAAAACGCAAGUUAUCGGUUGCGAUCGCCUUGAUUGGGUCACCAAAAAUAAUUCUGCUAGAUGAACCAAGUGCCGGCGUUGAUCCUGUCUCUAGAAGACAAUUGUGGUCGUUAUUACAGAAAAAGAAGCAGGGUCGGGUUAUUUUACUCACGACGCAUUUUAUGGACGAGGCUGACGUCCUAGCCGAUUCAAAAGCUAUCAUCCAUAAUGGAAUUUUGAAGUGUGUUGGUUCCUCCCUGUUUCUUAAAAGCCGAUUCGGUGUGGGAUAUCAAUUAACUGUUGAACUUGAUGAAACAAAGCUAAUUAAUAGCUUAGAAAGCGAUAACAUAAUUACAAAUUGGAUUCCUGAGGCAAUUCAAUCUCGCAAAAUCAUUGCUAAUGAGAUCAAAUACACGUUGCCUCAUUCACAAGUGUCCAAGUUUCCAGAAAUGUUUGGAGAUUUCGAAAAAUCUAUUGGAGCAGAAUUGUCGACUAUUAUUAGCUAUGGCGUUUCAAUGACCACAUUGUCAGAGGUAUUUUUGAAGAUAUCGAAUGAUAUGGAAAUUUCUGACCCAAAGAAAACUGCUACAGAAAUCAUGCCACAUCGAAGAAUGAGUAGCUCGUCCCAGCAAGGCUCUGAUGUCAACGAUGCCAUAAAUUCAAGUCUGACGACAGAGAAUCAAGGCGACAAUUUAAUUCCCAAUAUUGGCGACUUUGAUACCAACACUGCCUCAAUAUUUAAAGUGAUGUGUGCUUUACGGCUUCGUCGUUUGAUUAGAAAUCCAGCUUCGCUAUUUUUCAUGGUCGUUAUGCCUGUGCUAUUGGUAAUUAUUGGAUUCAUUAUCGUAAAAUCUCAGAGCAUCAACCAAGUAGAUGAAACGUUCAUUUUCUCUUUUGAAAAUGAUUUCAGCGUUUAUCCUAAAGCUGAAAUGAAUCUAGCCGUGUCAUCAUCCGCCCAUAACGAUUCCUCCUUUGGUUCGUUCAUACAGCAAUUUGGAAUAAAUGUGUUUCCGUACACUGGGAAUUUCACUGAUUUACUUCAUCUUAAUGGUGACAUUGGAACCCUGACGGCUGUAAUGACUGAUCCUCAGUUUAAGGUGGCAAGCAUACGACAGAAUGGCACAUUUCAACAUGUCCCUGGAAUUGCACUAAAUGCAAUCAAUCAAUAUUUUUUCAAUUCCACGUCUGCCAAGAUCAGGACAGCCAACCAGCCAUUCCCUACCAAAAAUCCAAUUAGCUUUGACGCCAGCACAGUCUAUGCUGCGUUCCUUAUUGGACCAGCAUUUACUUUUUCUGCCGUUGGAAUGGUAAUGGAAAUUGUGAAUGAUCGUGAGAAACACACGCGCAAUCAUCUACGAGUGAAUGGAGUUUCGUUUUCAAUGUACUUCACAUCCAUGUUCUUCGUAUAUGGGAUGCUUUCUUUGCUUAUCACCCUGAUGGAGAUUGUCGUGAUUUUGGCCUUCAAUCUAACAGCAUUCACAAAUCCUUAUGCAAUAACAAUUACGCUGGGGUUGUUGAUCCUGUUUAUAUUCCCCUGUUUACUGUUCAGCGCAGCUUUUUCGUACGUUUUUGAUCGGAUGGAAACUGCACAAUCAGUAUUUUCUCAGCUAUGCAGUUGGAUGGGAAUGAUUGUUGGAAUUGCGAUGAUUUUGAUCGACAACUUGGCUCCAGAUUCGGCCAUGUUAAUGCAUGUCAUUUUUUCAUUCUUGGAUAUUUUCUACAUUCCAUUUGGGAUUUUUUAUUUUACACAAAAACAAUAUUUCAAGUGUACUUUUGCAAAUACUUGCGAUAGCCUCUCGUUUAAGGAUUAUACUGGUCAUGAAUUCACCGUCAUGGCUGUUGCAAUGUUGGUACAAAUUCCAAUAUAUUCCUUCUGGCUGCUGGUUGCGGAUGUUGUCAAGAAUGGUGGGAGAAUGUCAGGAGUCUUCAAAUUUCUGAACGUUCGGGUACCCUGGAUAAGCAGUAGUGGAUCAAAAAUUUGUGAUUCUUCUGAUCCAUCCGUUCUUCAAAAUAUCAGUGACAAUGAUGAGGAUGUACAAAAUGAGAAGAGUCGAGUUGACGACUAUUUCUCACAACCUCCGAGUCAUAACUCAAAAUGUGUAGUAGCAGUGCAAGACAUUCACAAAGUAUACCGACUCAAAAGAGACAAAAAGGAGAAAUCUAAGUCAAAGUACAUAAAUAGAAAAGUUCUUCAUGGAAUCGAUCUCAUGGUUGAAGAGGGAGAGGUUUUUGGACUACUAGGUCAUAAUGGUGCUGGAAAAACAACAACAAUUAAACUCAUAAUUGCCGAAGAAGAUGCAGAUUCAGGAAGAAUUCGGCUCUGUGAUUAUGAUAUCGAAUCAAAUUUAUCAGAAGCUUUUCAAUCUCUCGGAUACUGUCCUCAACAUGAUGCGUUGUGGGAUAACAUAACACUACGGGAACAUAUUGAAUUAUAUGCAAUUGUGCGUGGCGUCAAACCCAAUAUUCGCAACAAUUUGGUCAAGCAUUUUAUCAAGGGGUUGCAAAUUGAGGAACAUUCAGAGAAAAAAUCCAAUACUUUGAGUGGCGGAACGAAAAGAAAAUUAAGUUAUUGCAUGAGUAUACUGGGUUCCCCACGCAUCGUUUUGUUAGAUGAGCCCUCUACAGGGAUGGAUAUUAUGUCGAAACGAUUUCUCUGGAACACAAUAAUCGGAACAUUUAAGGACAACCGCGGUGCGAUUUUGACAACGCAUUCAAUGGAGGAAGCAGAUGCAUUAUGUACCCGGAUUGGGAUCAUGAACAAAGGAUCAAUAGUUUGUAUAGGGUCACCACAACACCUAAAGAGCAAGUUCGGUGCUGGCUAUAACUUGGAAAUUAAGUUAAAGAUUGAAUAUACUUCAUAUUCAACCGAGCCUACAACCCACGAAGAAAAACUUGCACACGCCAAGGAAAGGUUUGCAUUUGUAGAUACUCAUUUUCCAGGAGCUACACAAACCCAAAUAUUUUUUGAGAACCGAGCCGUUUACUCCAUUCCAAAGGCCACCAUCUCUUCAAUAGCACAAACCUUUUCACUACUUGAAACACUAAAAGGAGAAUACGACAUUGAAGAAUAUAAUUUUAGUCAGACAACGUUAGAUAACGUUUUUCUCCAAUUCGCAACCAAUAAUCAAGAGGACCAAGAGGAAUCAAAUUCGUCCUAGCAGGGUGCUAGUUUUAUGAUAUUUUCAUGACUUUCAGUUCAAAUUUUCGAAUUUAAUUAUUAUGCAUACACAAUUUAUGAUUAUGCAGCCAGUUGCAGCUUGGUGAUACGUAUACAACUCCCGACUGUGAUCCUUGUACCGUUUAAAUUAUUAUUACGCCAAAGAAAAUAUAUAUUAACUUUGUGUGGUACCUAUUACGCAAUAAAUACAUGAAUUGUUACACGAAAUA